AUGAAUGAUAGGGGCAUUCCCAUUGGGGCAGAGCUACCUGUGCCCAGUGCUCUGUCUGUUUGUGUAUGGGCUCAGCGCAUUUGGCUGUGUUUACGGCACAGGGCCCAAGAGACAGAUGUUAACGGUUCCGGCGCUACGACACCGCCGCCCACAGGACCCGAACCCACAGCUUUCAUCAUAUCGUUUGACGACAUCGCAGACAAUCACUCGAAGAGUAUGAAGAAAAUGAAUAUAACGGACAGUAUCCGCAAGUUUGCGCCCCCGAAGCCCGACUCCAUUGAGAAGCCCCGACCCGUCCGCUCGCCCACCGAUAAUAAUCACAAUAAUAACGGCAAUAAAAGUGAUAUGAAAGAGAUUUACGGCCGCAGAAGACAGUUGCCGACAGACCGACCGAAUGCCAAACAUGUGGUCAACAGAGUGUUGGACGCGGGCGGCGAUCGCGGCGGCCAUUUGUCCGAUUCGGCCACUUAUCUCAUCAAUCGUAUGCUGUCGUACGCGUCCAAUAAGGGGCCGCCGAAGGGAGUGGUUGUGAGUCGCGAUGGGAGGCGCGGCAGCGGUGGUAGUGGUGUACCCGUGAAAGUGGCGGACAAUUCGUGGCCGAAAGCCGGCGAAAAGGAUAGCGGCGUUUGCGACGAC